UUCAUUCAUAAGACCAGAUCUGCUACUGUGCACCGUAAUACAAGCUAACGUCCUCCGGCACACACUCAGCGGACUUUAUGGAUCUAUAAUCGCACAUUUGACGAGCGGAUAAAGGUGAACGCUCCGAGGAUUAAAGCUAAACCAGAGGACUUCUUCUUAACACAUUGAAUACGGACGCUUUCCCCCUUAAAGCGGGGAACUGGAUUAAGCUUCUUCAUGCAACUUUUUUGGAAAGAAACCAAGAGCAUCUCACCGGGGAAUACCAAAAAGAUCAGUAACGUACCUCUCCUUUAGUAAUCUUCUUGUGUGUGCCCACUGCCCCGCCGUUGCAGGUGACGUCGCGCUCUCUCUGAUAACAGCAGGUGUCGCGUUCUCUCUCAGUCCCUCCGGGGAAAUGUACCAAGGGUUCCCCGGCGACCCAGACAGCGGAUCCCGAGGAAGCUCCUCUCCAUCUAUAGAGUCCCAGUAUCUUUCCUCCGUGGACUCCUUCGGGAGCCCGCCGACCACCAGUGCCCCGCAGCUUGAUUUGUUCAUGUCUUCUGAUCAGGAGUGUGUAUCAGCGGGAGCUGGCUUGAGCAUUGUGGGUAGCGGGCCAGGGGCCAGCGUCGGAGGGGAGAUGCCCGGUUCAUUUGUGCCCACCGUCACCGCCAUCACCACCAGUCAGGAUCUGCAGUGGAUGGUUCAGCCGACCCUCGUCUCCUCCCAGGCCUCUGGACAGAGUGGUACCACUGGGACCACAACUAUGACCCAGCCAGUGUCGCUGGUUGACCCGUAUGACAUGCCAGGCCCUAGUUAUUCCUCAGGGUCUGCCUUCACCCCUCCAAGCUCGGAAACUCCAGGCCCAGCUCCGGGCCCCAUCCGCCAGUCCAGAACCCGCAGCCGCCGUGCAAGAGAAGAGUCUGUGAGUGAAGAUGGAGAUGUUGGUGUGUUACUAACACCUGAGGAGGAGGAGAAGAGGCGUGUUCGGCGAGAGAGAAACAAGUUGGCCGCCGCCAAAUGUAGAAACCGCCGACGAGAACUCACAGACAGACUGCAGUCGGAGACGGACAUACUGGAGGAGGAGAAGGCAGAGCUGGAGGCUGAGAUCUCCGAGCUGCAGAAGGAGAAGGAGCGCCUGGAGUUUGUCCUGGUGGCGCACCAGCCGAACUGUAAGAUCCCGUACCAGGAGCAAUCUCAGCAUGGCUCGGCGCAGCUCCCUCCGGUCCAGCCCCAGCUCCCUCCCCAGACCCUACAACCUCCUGUCUCCAUUGUGGGCUUGGCUGUGAAAGAAGACACUUUCUAUCUGCCUCCUGCCUACUCAGCCCAUCCGGCCUCCACACAGUCCCAGCCUCCGGUUCAGCAGCAAGUCCAGCAGCAGCCUCAGCCAGGGAUAAUGCAGGAGGUAGAGUUUUCUAGUUCUUUCUAUGGCUCAAGUGAGCCGGCACCAGGCGGGCCGUGCCUCAUGGCCAGCGACAGUGGUGGUGGUGGUGGUAACCAUGACGAUGCGGCCAUUGGCAGCUACAACACCUCAUACACAUCUUCAUUUGUGUUCACCUACCCAGAGGGAGCCUGCGGGGUCAGUGCCAACCAGCGGAACAGCAGUAGCGAGCAGUCAUCUGAUUCCCUGAACUCGCCUUCGCUGCUGGCGCUUUGACUGACCGACAGAUACACACGCACACAUAUUGACAAGCACAUACAUAAUGCUCGCUGGAAGUAGAGGCUGAGGCAAGUACAUGCAGAGUACCUAUCAGUCUCAUAGAUUGAGAGAAAAAAAAACAACAACAACCAAUCAUUUGUUUCUGAUUGGGUUAAAGUUUACACAUUCAUGCAUUCCAAACAAGAGCCAUACAGAUAGUUGCACAUGAAUAACAUUAGAUCUAACCUUUAACAUAUAAACCAUUUCUUGUUUUGUAUUAUCAGAAUAUCUGCAACUGGACCAGAUAAGUGAAUAAAAACUGAGUCACAAAAUCACGUCCGAGUUGCCAAUCUCAAGUGCUCUGAAUUAACAUAUUAAUUCACAAUGAAUAUUCUCAGUCUACAGCCUGUACAGUACAUUGAGUUAAGAUACCACAAGCUCACUUCACACUCCGACAAGCACCAGUGCCCCCAACUUGUUCCCUCUGUCGGUUGACUUUUACCAGUGCUCUUGCUUUCAUCCUUUUCCAUCCUUUUCUCCCUUCUUCCUCUCGCUGAAUGUAUUUGUGCAAAGCUGAAAUAGGGACAAAGGACACUUUUGUUCUGGGUCUUUUCUUGUGGGGAGACAGACUGCUGAUUUCUCGCUCACCUCUAACCCCUCAUCUGCUCGACCUCCCUCUGCUUCUUCAUCUGCUGCUUGGACUUUGCAAGUUGGGGAUCUGAGUAUCACAGCCUCCUCUAAAUCUUGUGCUUUCUUCUCUGGUUUAAAAAAAAAAAAAAGUUCUUCUGCCGUCUGCCUACCUGCCAUGCGACCCAUCUCUGCCCAUCUCUGUUUCUCCUCUUCUGUCUCUGUGUUUCUCCCUGUCUCUGAAGUCUUCGACCCCAGAGAGCCCGAAGACCCCCUCCAGCCCUUGGGACCUUGAGUGAAUGACGGCCCAACUAACACGCCCUUUUGCACCCUCUCAUACAAGGACAUGGACGCAAACCCCCCUACCCCCCCAUACAGAAGAACCUUUUUUUCUUGGAGCAUAUUGCUCAAAGCAGAGUCUCACAGUGAGCAGCAGCUAAAUACCUUUACACACACACAUAGACGCAUAAUUGACGAACGCAAAAUGCAAGACGGACGUCACUGUCUUCUGCUGAGCCAUUUUUCGACGUUCACACAAUGAAGAUUAGACUCGUCUUACGUUGUGAGGCCGGUUAAAGGUGAGGAUGGAGAGAGGUUUAGCGGGAAGGACGGACAGGAAGUGCAACCAAGCGGGACAGACAAAUGGAGAGAUGAUGGAUAAAGAGGAUGACGCCCAUCCUCGCCAUCCAUUUUUGGAACCAAAUGUUGAAAACGCAAAAAGAGCCAAAUGUUAAAAACAAAGAAAAAAAAAAAGAAAAAAAAAAAAUCCUGCUCUUGCCAACUGUGUGGAAGGGUGGCCUCAGUACAAACACCUCCAUACCACAGAGCCUCAUCACCCUGGGCCUACAUGAGUAUAUUCACACCAUCGCUUUCAAGUCUCUGAACUGAAGAUACAGACGUUUUGUUGCAGCGCACCAGCUCCGUGUUUUGCUCAGAAUCAAUCAGAUGUGAACCGAUGCCUUUAUUUAGAGAAGAGACAUUUUUCUUUUAUAUAGUGAUUCAGACAACCUCUAAACAUUUGGGCUCAGUGGUCUCUGUGCCUCCCCUUUUCUCUCAGCGGAGACGAGGCGGGGGUGCGUUUAUUGUGAGUGCGUCCACUCUGAGGCACCUGGCCCGUUUAUUUCUUUCUUUAUUGAGGUUGACGUGGCGAGCGAGCACAAAGCAAGACCUGGAAACAAAAAAGGGGAGAACAUGUGGGCUGAUGUCGUGGAGCGUGCGUCUUUUCUUUGCCUGUGAAUUUGUAAAAUUUGUUUUUCUCCUGUAUGUUUGAGUGAGAACUGUUAUAUAUUUUAAUGUUUAUGUUUUUCGUGUGUUUGAUUGUUUUGCAUUGACCUCUGCUUUCACUUGUAUUGUUGCCAUUUCUUUUUUUUGUUUGUUGAUUUUUAUUUUUUUAACCUGGUGAUUUUCUCAUAACUGUUACUAUUAUUAUUGCAUCGUAACUAUUGUUUCAUUAUUUUAUUGUAUUUUCAUUUGGCAACUUUGGAGGCAUGUUGUGCACUACAAAAAAAAAUCUAAUUAUAAAUCUAUAUGCAUACAUAUAUACAGGUAACAUGUAUAUAUAAGUGUAUGUACCAUGAUUGUAAAGUAUGAAUGUCUGCAGAUCUAAAUGGGAUAUUUUUGUCAAUGAAGAACAAGAUAAAAUGUUACUGAGGUUUAGUUUUAAAAAUGAAUAUUUUUCUAAAGGAACAAGAAAAAAAACUAUAAUAAAUCUAAAGAACUGCCCUGUCCCUCAACAUGAAGCACGAUGUCACUGCCUCUAACAAAUGUGUAUUUAUGCUUUAUAAACAAUAUAAAGCACUAUACAAGUUACAUUAAAUGUAUGUUUAUAAUUAUGGUGUAAGAAGGUUGUGGUAACGCCUUUGUUUUGUUUGUUUGUUUUUCUCUGUGAGGUCUGUCCCAAAGCUACUGACCAUAACGCCACUUGAUCCUUAACAGCUGCAAAAUGAGGAAAAAAAAAUAGUGUGAUUGAAUGUCAAUACACAUAUUAAAAAGUGUUAAGACUGCAACAUAAUGACUAAACUGUUUCAUUUAAGGACAACGUAUUUCAUACCCAGAAUGCAUUUCUGUCCAAUAUAAACAUAUCACUUAACAACGUUGUUAUUUCCUAACUGAAAUAUGUGUUUGAAGGAUAACUGCAGUUUUAGCCUCGAUAUGAACAUAACCAUGUUAAUCCAUUCUUGUACUCGAGCAAAUAUGUUGUCUAAUUGAGAUUAACAUUUCUUGUGAUUGUAUUUGCUGGAUAAGAAGCUUUAUUUUCAAUAAAUAAACAUGUUUAUUCAAAAACAACGGCCAGAUUAAUGGUAUAAAUUUGUGAUUUUAAAAUUUCAGAUGUGGCUCUCGGUGGUCAGAAAAUGGGCAGACCUCAGUUUUUUUAAAUGUUGAAUAAGGACUGUGUUUGUACAGAUGUUGGAGAUGCCUUUUGAUUUCUCUCCAAAUGCAAAUGUGAUGAGAAUAUGUUCUGGAGUCAGAAUAAGCAUAAAACAUAUUCACUAUAGUUCUCAUGUACAUAGGUUUUUGUGGUGCUACUUAUAGUAUACUAUAACAGCGAGGCAGUUUCACAUUGUAUGGUGGAAGGCUACACAUUGCUGUUGCUGAGGCUCCAGACCAAUUAACGCACUGCUUGUCUCAUCGGGACGUUUAAUUCAGAAUGGAAGCCAAUAACACAGUGAAUUCCCAGCAGCUGAAGCUCUGAGAGCCCAGUAAUCACUCUGUGAUUUUAUUAUGGUUUAAUAUCAAUUGCCUGCUACAUCUUUAAGUGUGAUAAACAGAUCUCAGAGGGCCCUUGUACUGUACCUGCACUCCAUACUUAACGCCCCAGAUCACCACACAACACAUUUGUCUCAUUCCUUCAUCUAGUUCCUUUGGCUUGAAUUUGCUUUAAAUCAUUUUUUCUGUAAGUUUACAAUCACCAACGGGUUGCAGAUGAAUUGGAAAAGGAGAAGUAUUUAGCUACUAGUUAUAUGACAGAGAAACUGCCUGCACCUACUUGUACUGUACAACGGCUAUGUAAGCAUUAACUAAACAAGAGCUUUCCUAUUUUUCUAUGAUGAGGUGAAUGUUGCUAUGUAUUCCUAUUUUUCCACAAGUCCCAUAUGCGCUCUGAUUUCUUAUUUUCCCUGGUAUGAAAUGCAAUACUUAUUAUCCUCUUGGAUAAACAUAAUGUAGCGAAUCACGCAGUGCUCAAACUGACUGCUACAAAAUGUCAAGUGUGAUGAUGUAUUGCUUUGAUUAUCAAUUUCUUUUGUUACAAUAUUAAAAGUUAUCCAAAAUAUCAUAUCAAUAACAUUUGGGCUUCAGACAAUCUUCAUAAAGAAGUUAUAGUACAAUUUAUCUAAAAAAUAUCUUUCUUUUUUAAGUGAUGAUGUGCAGAGACACUAGCAAGGUUCAUCCAUUUCAAAAAGCAAAUUCUUCUUUUCAAAUCCAUUUCGCCUAUCAAUGUUUCAUCAAUCUUUGUAACUAUUUACUCUGUUUUUCUUUCACUGGGAGUAAAGGUUGUCAUGUUUGGAAAUGGAGGAUAUAUGUUUCAAUACAUUUUGAGCAAAAGGCCCAAAGAAACCAUGCUCUAGAUGUGACACUGUCAGACUGAAAGACAAAUAUAAUUCAGGGUGCAUAGAUUAUUACAUAACUCGCUCAUGAAGGUGCUCUGGUAUCAAAGUGUCUGUUUUUUUCAGUGCAACACAGCUUACUAGUUUUCUGCACAUCACUAUAAAGUUUACUUAUUUUUAUAACCUCACUUUCAUUUGCUUUUACUCUUGAAGAGGACCAAAGUGUGACAAAUUUGCCAUGUUGCUUUUUGCAGUCACUGCUCUCUGACCUUCUGUGUCCAUAUUUCAGCUUCGGGCUCUUUUUGCUGUCUUAUAAAAGUUUACAUUAUAAAGGUUUUUUUCUUGGUUUCUAGACUGCAAAAGCUGGGUAAGCUGUCUCCUUUAAUGGUUUGACCAAAUGCCAUUUAUUUCCAAUUUGUGAAGAAAUUACAUAAAUAAACUACAUAUUAUGAGG